GCAGAGAGCCCAACUGCCCAACAACCUUUCCGAUCUCUCUCUCUCUCUUCCGUCACCGGAAAACACUCCCGACCGUGGUGGCCGGAGACACGAUGAUGGAGAGCGCGGGGACGUGGCGGCGGAGGCGGUGGAACGACAAGAGCGAGAAAGAGGUCGUUGACGAUGUUGAGUGCGUUCACAGCCAGGUUCUGAAGAUCAGGGCGGAAGAUUCUAACAUCGGAGAGGACAACGCCGCCGAGAUCUUCCGGAAGCUCUCGGCGGCCGCCGCCGGCCACGUUGCCUCCGUCUUGCUCGUGCGCCGGCCCAUUUUACCUGCCUCCCCUCUCGGCGAGCGGCCACAUCAUCACAACAUCAUUUGCUUACGCAAUUAAUUUCCUAUAUCUAAGAGUGCCGGCAAUGAAGGAUCGUGAAGGCAUGCAUACAACUCUUGUCAAGCAUCAUUAUGGAUAUUACUUCAGAGCAUUGCGGAUUCUUCAAACAAUUGCUACUUAAUUAUCAUCGCAUUUGAAUAUUUGGAGAUGGUUCGACGCGGAGACAGACGAAAUUCUCUUUAGAUCGAAGCGUGUGUAAAUAAAGAAUAUGAAAAAACUUUAAUUUUGAGAUUAUUUGUAUGUCACAAUUUAAGUAGUUGAGAUAGUGUAUAAGAGUUUUUGUACAUAAAAUUUACUCCAUUCCAAUAAAAAAGUACUCUUUUA